AAGGGGCAUAGCUGAAAUCAACCAAUGCCAUGUCCGAACCUUUUGAUUCCAGGGAAAAUUGUUGAUUAGAAAAUUAACUCAUCUCCCCACAUUUUCUGAACGUGCGGAGGGCAUGAGCUACAUUUUCUCAGGAAAAACUGCAUUCCGAUUAUUUAGUAUCAUAUUCUUGAGCUUUUCUGCAAAUUCAUCUCUCCUUGCGAAGAUAAACUCUCUUUCUUCCCUUCCCAAUAUAUGAUUAGAAUAUUAAUAAACGAGCUGGUAUUUAUAUUCACAUUCCUUCCUUUCAUCAAUCUCACUGCAUCAACUUCAUCACCUAAAGCCCUCCUUUCCCACAAUGACCAUCAAUACCAUCUUCUUUUUGUCCCUAAAUCUAGCAAUAUACACCAUUUGUAGCCGUCUAGUUAUUUCUCAGACUCUGCCAACCUACUCCAGCCGCCGUGGCCAGUGGCAUCUGUUGCAUUCCAGCAUUGGCAUAUCCGCCAUGCACAUGCAAGUUCUACAUGAUAACAAGGUCAUCAUGUUUGACCGCACCGACUUUGGCUCCUCUAACAUCUCUCUUCCUGGUGGCCGGUGUCGGUAUGACCCUUCCGACUUGGUGAGCCGAAUAGAUUGCACUGCUCACUCCAUACUCUACGAUAUCGGCUCCAACACUUUCCGACCACUCACGGUGCAAACUGAUACUUGGUGCUCUUCUGGUUCCGUUCUACCUAAUGGAACACUCAUCCAGACCGGAGGCUACAACGACGGUGACCAUGUGGUUCGUGUUUUUAAACCUUGCGAGGAAGAUUAUUGCGAUUGGAUUGAGCUUCCAAACUACUUGUCUCAACGUAGGUGGUAUGCUACUAAUCAAUUAUUACCAGACGGACGUAUAAUUAUCCUCGGAGGAAGAAGACAAUUUAAUUACGAAUUUUACCCUCGAGAGAAUAAUAAUAAACGACGUACAUUCAGGCUUGAUUUUCUGAGACAAACCAGAGAUUCCGACGAAAACAAUCUUUAUCCAUUUCUACACCUUUUACCAGAUGGAAACUUGUUUAUUUUCGCUAAUACAAGAUCAAUAUUGUUCAAUUACAAUCUUAACCGAGUGGUUAAGGAAUUUCCUUCUAUCCCGGGUGGUGAACCUCGUAACUAUCCGAGCUCAGGCUCAUCGGUUUUGCUACCAUUAAUGGACGAAAACAGAGCUGACACUACUGAAGCUGAAAUCAUGAUAUGCGGUGGUGCACCAAACGGUGCACAUUUGCUUGCGAGACAAGGAAACUUCGUACAGGCCAUAUCCUCAUGUGGGAGGCUAAAAGUGACUGAUCAAAACCCAACUUGGAUCAUGGAAGACAUGCCUAUACCUCGAGUAAUGGGUGAUAUGGUAAUUCUACCAACCGGAGACAUCUUAAUAAUCAACGGUGCUGGAUUUGGCACUGCCGGCUGGGAAUGCGGGCAGGACCCAGUUCAGAAUUCUGUCAUCUACCACCCGUCGGCGCAGCCCGAUCGCCGGUUUACAGUCAUGGCGGCUUCACCGAGGCGGAGACUGUACCAUUCGACGGCGGUUUUAGUGCCUGACGGCCGCGUUUUAGUCGGCGGUAGCAACCCACAUAUCUUCUAUAACUUCACCGGAGUCGAAUACCGGACAGAUUUAAGCCUUGAGGCGUUUUCUCCACCAUAUCUAAGGGUGGAAUACGGGCCUGUCAGACCUAAGAAUGUAGUGGUGGGAAAUGAAAUUUUAAGGUACGGGCAGGCUUUCUGGGUUAAUUUCACUGUGCCUAGAUAUUUAAACGUCGACGUUUUAUCGGUCAGAAUCGUUGCGCCGUCGUUUACCACUCAUUCCUUUGGCAUGAAUCAGAGAAUGGUGGUGAUGAAGUUGGUUGGAAUUUCGACUGUGACUCAAUUCACUUACAAUGUCAGUGUGAUUGGGCCGUCCACGGUUCAGAUUGCACCGUCUGGAUAUUACAUGUUGUUUGUAGUGCAUGGCAAUGUUCCUAGUGCUGGCACAUGGAUUAAAUUACAGUGACCAAAAAAAAAAAUAUUAAAUUUGUACAAACAAACAAUGUUAAUUACAUGAAAACAUUUUAUUUUUAUUUGGUUAAUAGAAAGUCAUAUA